CAUAACUGUGUCUUGUUUACCAGCUUGUAGCUCGCAAGUCUCUUAGUAAUAGUGAUCACUGCCGUAGAGCGUUUCACCAUCACUGUGAGUAAUCAUCAUGAACACUUUUCCGAGUUUUUUUCGAGUUUCAGCACCAACACCACCAGAAUCACCAUUAAACUUUGCUGAUGUUCCACUGGAUUUAACUUCAUCAUAUUCCAACAUGAGUUAUUCACCUUCACCCCCAAGCCGAACGCCAUCUUUACCAUCAUAUUCCCCAUCACCCUCAUUCACAUCCGAAUGCCGAAAAAACAAAACUCCUGAACAACUUAAAGACGAAGCUUAUCGCUUGAAGAGGGACAAAAACAAUAUUGCUGCAAAAAAGUCCCGUGAUGCUCGGCGUGCUCGAGAAGAAGCUACGAAAGAGGAGGCUGAAAGACUCAAGCAUAUUGUGCUCAUAUUAAAGACGGAAAACGAAAUGUUGAGACGCGAAGUGGAACAUCUCAAAGGAUCUAUCAAGGAGAGACAAGCUUAAUUGUAUAAAAUUGAUUAAGGUUUACUCAAUUUUAGCCCUUUCAUCCAAUUCCUCAUCUCAUCUAUUAGGAUGCCUUUCAACAAGCUUCAAACUUCCAUUUACUUUUCUAUUGUUAGACAUUUGUUUUUCAUUACUGUCAAACCUCGAAUAAUGUCACACUCUCAAAAUGUCAUGUUAAUAGAGUAAACACCAUUUUUUCAUUCAUUUCUUUGUGUCCAAAUUUACAGUAAAGCUACUGAAGA